AAUUUAAAAUCUAUAUCAGCUGUGUUUCUGGCAGUGACAGGUCUUGUCUCUGUCUUCAUCUAUGGUCUUCAUCUAUGGUCUCUGUUCUGGUUUAUGUUAUGUUAUGUAUUUACGUGAGCAUAGAAUUUUAACUCAGCAGUAUUAAAAUAUAUGUACGUAAUGUCAUAGAAUUGAUUCACAUAUCAAAAACACGAAAAUGGCCCAGUGCAAGCUCAGCCCUCAGGAAUUCAUCAAAGAUGCAUUCACCCCACAAGUGGCUGCUAUGUGUACACCAGGAGUUCAAAGGUGUUGCGACAAAAAUAAUCUUGAUUUCAUCGAAAUAUUAGAGCCCUUCUCGACAUUGACAAAUGAUGUGACUUAUAAAGACCCGACAGGUUCAGCAGUUACUGUAAAGAAUUUGAAAUUAACAUUUGUCGAUGUAAAUGCAAGACCACCCCAAACAACAUUGGCGAGAAAGCUGCUUAAUUCGUCAGUGAUUGAAACUUUGGAACCAGAAAUGAAGAGUCUUACAGUCAAUAAUUUUCAACUGGAAGUGCUAUCAUUUACUCCUUGGUUUGAAAAUUGGCGAGAUACGUUUUUUAGAGUCCAGUAUCCAUCAGAUCAUGAAUUCACAAAGCAUUUUCUUGCGUGCUUGCUCAUAGUAUCUUCUACUGAUAACAAUAUGAUAGAAACCAUGCAUCAGUUAGUUCAAAAUUUAAAUAGAAUGCAAAGUGUACCCGAAACUAUGCCAAAAUGGUUUACUGUUAACGUAUUGAAAUAUUACAUUAUUUUGCACGAUAACGUCGAAGGAGAUAUUUCGAUCGCAAAUGAAGGAUUUAAUGUGUUGAAAACACAAUAUGGUAGUUCAAACUGUUUUCUGUUGAGAAUAAAUUCGCGCACACCAGGACUGGAAAAAGUAGAACAUUUGCCGGAUCCCUGGAGCCAAUUUUUAAAUAGCAGAAUAGAUCUGAAAAACUAUCAGCUAAGUCCAAGUAGUUCACCAGAUCCAAAGAGGCAUGACUCAUUUGAAAUUGGGCAGGAAGCUAAUGAAACUAGGAAUAUAACGUAUCACCCUCUAAGUCCAGAACUUGAGAAUAUAUUAACUGAUAUGCAAUUUGAAAAGGAAGAACCAAUGAUUAAACAGAAUACCGAAAAAUGGCGGCAUGGUGGUUGUUUGUCGGCCAACGACGUAGAGCAAAUUAAAACAAUGCUUAAUGAAUUUGUUAAAGUAUGUCUAUUGCCUUACAUAGAGAAACAUUUGUCUUUGCUUCAUGAUGCAGCCACAAAUAAAAAGGGAGUUAGUAAGUCUUUGCUUAGUGCGACAAAACGUUGGUUUGGUUCUGGCAAACCCAACAGCAAUUCUCUGGCUGCAAAUAAUCUAACUUAUUCAGUGGAUGCUCCCGAACUUCAAAUAAGAAGAUUAGGUGACUUAUACUUUAUGUUUGGCAAUUAUUCAGCAGCAUUUCAAGCAUAUCACACUGCUAAGCGCGACUAUAAUGCAGACCAGGCAUGGUUGUACUAUGCAGGUGCACUUGAGAUGGCCGCAUUAUCUGCUUUUAUGGCAAAUGAGUCAUCAAGAAAAACAUAUGAUUAUAUGGAAGAAAGUAUUGCUACUUAUUUGACUACAUGCAAGUUGCCACAGUUUGCAACUAGAGCUACGAUUUUGAGCUCAGAAUGCUUAAAAGCUAAACAGUUGUAUGGGGAAACGGCACACCAAUUGAUAAGAAUGACAAGUGAAGAUUCCGAUUUGAGAUCAGCUCUGUUUUUAGAACAAGCGUCCUGUUGCUUUAUUCAGUCCAAUAUGCUGAGGAAAUAUGCUUUUCAUAUGGUACUAUCAGGUCAUAGAUUUUUUAAGGCUGCCCAAAAGAAACAUUCCUUAAGGUGCUAUAAACAAGCAUAUCAAAUAUAUGAAAAAACUGGUUGGGACUUGGCAAGUGAUCAUAUACAUUAUACGAUUGGACGCUUAGCAAAUCACUUGCAAAUAUUCGAUGAGGCUGUGAAAUCAUUUGCAAAAUUAUUAAAUGGCGAAAGCAAGCAAUCCGGAUUGCAACAGGGUAUCUUUUUGAAAGAAUAUCUUACAAUUUUAGAGUUAAAAAGGAAAGAUGAUGGGUUAAAUGAACUACCCAUUCUUCCAGUUCCCGAAUUAAAUAAUGCAGUCAUUAAAGUACUAGUUGGCCCGGCGAGACCACUAUCGACACCAGGGAAAGUUCCAGCAUUGGGAAUACAUUUUACUGGUUGUGAAAAUUCCACUGUCGAAGAAAGGUGGCACAAAUUGGAAGAACUACUAUUAUCUGAAGAAUCCGGAAAAGCUCCAGUGGUUUUUAAACCUGUAGUUACAUUGCGCACAGCUAGGUCGACGGAUACAAAUACUCUGCUAGCAAUAAUCAAUGAGCCAAUACAAGUGUCAAUUCAAUUAAUAAACUCCUUGCAGACUGUUUUACAAUUGAAGGAUCUUUACUUGAUUUGGUGUUAUGAAAAUGAUAAGAAAUCUGUUACAAAUUUGGAAUCAAACGAUGAUGUAGACAAGUACAUGAAAACGUACGUUACAAAGUCAGUUGUUAUCCAAGGAAAUUCUAGACAAGAUCUCAUUUUAUCUUUGACUCCUGUAGCAACUGGAGACGUGUUUCUUUCUGGUAUUUGUUAUUGUUUGACUGCGUCGGGUGAUAAUACCGAUGCCGUAUCUGUGAAAGGAAAGCAGUUAUUUAAAGUCUCUAAUAGAGAAAGCUACUGUUCAGUACAACCUAUCUAUCUUAAAAUUCUUCCUUUUGCACCAUGUUUGCAGAUGACCUUUUCUGAAAUUAAUUUAGAUUUUCUGGCCGGACAAAUGCAAAGAGUGUCUGUAGAUUUUCAAAAUACUGGAUCAGUUUCUCUCAAGAACAUCAUGAUAGCAACGUCUGUACCGCAUUUACUCAGUAAUUGUGAAUUGAAAACUAAUCAGUUAGAAUAUGCAAUAGGAAGUGACGAUACACCUCAUAAUAAGGGAAAAAAAGCGCGAAAAAACCACAUUACUACCAUACCAUUGCCUUCAGGUCAAUUGGAGAGUGGCCAAAGUAUCUCGUUUUAUAUAUGGGUAAAAGCACCGCCUGUCAAGGGACCAUCUUCAAUCGAUUUGCUCGCAUAUUAUGAGAACGUCGAUAGUCAACGAAUACCAAAAUAUAGGCUCAUUAGGCACACUUGGAACUUAUCAGUUCAGGAGUCGAUUACGGUAGACAUUUCUACUCAAAACAGUUAUACGUCUACGACCGCAGAAGAUCUCGCUUUGGCAUUGAAGACUACAAACUUAAAUCAAAUCCAUAAUUCCAUAUCCACAGAAAUAACUCUUCUAAAUAUUGCCUUAUUGAGUAAUAAUUGGGUAUUAACUCAGGAUAUUGUAACUCCCAAAUAUAUAAAUUUAAAAGCCCAGGAGUCCGCACACAUACUUAUCAAAGCAAGACGCAAAGUCAGUAAAAGUUGCAAACAAACAAAUUUGUCCCUAAAUUCUGAGAAAACUACGUUACCACAUUUAUCGACUGCCUUUCAAGCUUUUGCAAGGAAAAGUCAUGUACCAGAACUGAACAUUUUCGAGCUUAACAGUGAAAAUGACAAGAGAGAGGGGACAUUAAUUCUCGAAUGGAGAGCACUGGUUUGUGACGCCUCAAAUAGGCGAAUCGUUUAUGGACAUACAUGUGUUCCUAUAGAAAUCAAUAGAAAAGAACACCACUUGGAGACUCUAAUAUCAGAAUCAAUAAUAGAUUUGAAUAGUCUGACGACUCACGAGAGUGACUACUUAUACACUUCUCAAAACCUAGUUACAUAUAAUCUAUUUUACUCUGCUGUUGUUAGGCAUAAUUUCAAGAAAAAAGUCAGUUGUGUUGUGCCUAUAACUCUGGUAAUACACAGCGUUGCCGAUAAAAAAAUUACCAUCACAAUUAGCACAAUUGCUUCUAGCAUGGUUUCGUGCAAUACCCAUAAUCGUUCAACAAAAUCUUGUCUGACUUCAUCGCAAGCCACAAGCAACUUUUCGUGGCUAACAAAUGGAAAAGUCGUACGCAUUUUGGAACCACUAACUACUAUAGCAGUAAAACUGUCUGCGAUAAUAGCCAACCCGGGCACAUUCGACCUAGGAGCUAAUUUAUUGGUGUUUUGCAAUAGUUUGGUGCAUGAUGACGUUCCAGUUCUGCAGAGAAAUCAAGCGACUUCAUCGCUUAUCGUCAUUGAUGGUGGUAGUUAACGGUACGAAUUUUAGCAAUUAGAGUUGCCUUCAAUGUAUCGUAUAAAAACGAGUUCUAAUAAAAAUUAGGGAAAACAUGUUUAUAUACUUUCCUGUAAACCCGGCUUUCUAGUCAUUUUAGUAUAGUAUCGGACCGUACCAUAGCAACUGUUUAUAAUAUUUAUAAUAUUUUACAAAAAUGUCAAAAACAUUUAUUUUGCAGGAAUAUAAUUAAUAAUAGCAUACUGCGGGUAAAUAAAACUUAAGACCUACUUUUGUAGCCUGAUUUAGAGCUAAUAUAGUGAUUUUUAAAAUACCGCUUAUGAACAUUCUGUAUUAAUUGCAUAUAUGUAUUGAAUAUACGUGAUUCUUUGGUUCCAUA